AUGGCGAGCAUUAAGCAUUUAGUACUGUUGCUCAACAAGCUUGCCUUAUCGAGCAUUGCGAGCGAGAUGAGCCAAUUAUGUAUGGUUGUAUCAUAUGGUGGUUCAUGGAAUAACGACAAACAUGACGUUCAAAUUGAAAAUGUUGCUGCCAAUAAUUUUGAGCGCAUUGCCAAUAAUGUUGUUGAUGAUGAACAUGGUGUUGAUUGGGGUUAUAAUGAGAAUAUUGACAGUUUGGAUAGUUUAGGUGAUGCUUUUGAUGAUGAAGAUGACAUUUGGGAUAGACAGACUGGGCAUGGUCAACAAUGGAUCAUUCUCGGUGCUCUAUAUCAAGCGUCACUUCCUUGUGAGGAAUUAGGAAUAACCAAAGGGUUCAACCGUGAUACACUAUCAGAAGGAUCUACAUUUAUGGAUAAAGAACGCUUGAAGACUGCACUGGGGCUAUAUCAUUUGGUAAAUCGUGUAGAAUUUAUUGUUGAGCGAUCUGAUAAGUGUAGAUUCUCAGUUGUUUGCAAGUAUAGUGAACAAUGCCCAUUCUUACUACGUGCUACAACGCAUGGGACUGUUUGGAAGGUUAUCAAAUGGGUUGCUCCGCACAGUUGUCAGAUUGACUUGAGAAAUCACGGUCCUAGAACAGUGUUAGCAAGGACGAUAAGAGCAUUUUUUGCUCCAACAUUGAUGAAUGAAGGUGCUGUUUUGAAGCCUAAGGAGAUGCAAGCACAAUUGAGAAGAGAAUAUGGGUUUGUAGUUGAUUAUCAGAUGGCACUGAUUGGGAGGAAUCAUGCUAUCAGUAUGAUAUAUGGAGAUACAGAUAAGUCUUUUCAAUUAUUACCUUCAUAUUUGUACAUGUUGCAAGAAUCUAACCCCGGUUCUAUUGUUGCAUUACAAACUGACUCUGUUGAUCGUUUUCAAUAUGCUUUUAUGGCUAUUGGUGCUUGUGUAAAUGGAUUUAAGUCUUCUUGUCGUCCUGUCAUAGUUGUGGAUGGCACACAUUUGAAAGUAAAAUAUAGAGGUAUUAUGUUUGUUGCUGCUACAAAAGAUGGAAAUGAAUAG